AUCUUUGACAACCAUGGAUCUCUCACAAAAUUGGAAAGCCACAAAGGUAAAAGCGAUUGCAAUUCUCGAAAUACUUACGGACCAUUGAAAGCACGGAACCGGCGUCUGACAAGCUCAUCGACGACAUGGGCGAUGCAACUCCAGUCUCUAUUGUUGGGUACUCGCUUCGGGCGCCAAACUGCUCUUCGGUCAAAGAGUUCGCCGACGCGUUGAAGGCGGGCCACGAUCUUACCACCUCCGAUACGCGGUAUCCAAAUGGCUUGCAUGGCCUUCCGCCUCGCCAAGGCCGCUUGAAGGACAACGACCUAACCGAGAUGAAUCCAGUGUUCUUUGGCAUGAGCCGAAAACAGUCGGAAAGGAUGGACCCAGCUCUGCGGCUUCUGUUGAAAGUUUCCUACGAGGCCCUCAUGGAUGCUCAGAUUGACAUUAAGAGCAUUCGAGGAAGCAGGACCGGGGUUUACACAGGCCAUUGCUUCAGCGAUAUGUCCUCAAUGAAAGGUGGUGCCAGGGCUGCAAAGGAGCAAAUCAAUGGUUAUGAGAUCCUAGGAACAGCUCAUUGCAUGGCUGCUAACCGGCUCAGCUACUACUAUGAUCUCAAGGGCCCAAGCAUGACGAUGGAUACAGCUUGUUCGUCUUCCUUGAUUGCCUUGGACCGGGCGGCUAAGGAUAUCGAGGCUGGAAUCAUUGAACGAGCCAUAGUCUGUGGUGUCUCGCUUGUUCUAGACCACUGCAAGAAUGUGAUUCUUGUCAAGGCUCAAAUGCUAUCUCCCACGGGACAUUGUCAUGUGUUCGACAGUCGGGCAGACGGCUAUUGCAGGGCGGAUGGGAUUGGUUGUGUUAUUCUCGAGCGAGGUGAAUCAGGUUAUGCGCAAGUGCUUGGCAGUGGCACCAACCAAGACGGCGCUACUGCAGGUAUCACUUACCCGAGCCAGGAAAUGCAGUACAAACUUAUGUCAGAGGUCUUCGCAAGGAGCGGUGUAGACCCGAGUGACGUCGAAUAUCAUGAAGCCCAUGGCACUGGCACGGCGGCUGGAGAUCAAGAAGAAAUAACAGCAUUAACAAAGCGUUACAAUCAAUCGCUUGUUAUUGGAUCCGUCAAAUCAAACAUGGGCCACGCCGAGGCAGCCUCCGGGUUGAUGGGUAUCAUCAAGAUCCUCUUGAUGUUUGAAGAUCAGAUGCUUUAUCCCAACCAUGAUUUCCAGGAGUCGCCCCAUGAGGUCAUUCAAAAUGGCCGGUUCUUGGUCCUUGAUCAUGCUCGACCCUGGAAGCCAGGAGUCGCGACGGUUUCAAAUUUUGGCUUCGGUGGAUCCAAUGCCUUCGCUAUCCUAAAGCCUUGUCCUCAGCGAAAAAAGGUCGUGAAGCUGUCGGAGUGCUUGGAUGGAACCCCAUUCUUAUCUGCACCUGGCGAGGUGCCUUCCAAAGGUCUUGCCAACUUCUAUGCAGUUCAGCGCGCCCUAGGGAAUGGAACAGGUUUUAGGUACGAGUGGAAGGCCGGUGAUUGGCGCGUUGGAGACUCUCCACUUGUCUUUGUUUGUGACGGGCAGGGUUCUCACUGGAACAACAUGGGCCAAGAUUUGAUUCAGAGUUCAGCGGUCUUUCGGUCCACUAUGGAGCGCCUGCAAGACGAGACGGGUAUCCCACUUGUUCCCCUGUAUGAAGAUGGUACACAGUGGACUCUCAAGUUCAACAGUGCCAUUGGCAUCACCAGCUUUCAACUGGGCAUCAUCGCAGUUCUUGCAGAACAAGGCAUCCGACCCGACCACUUCCUUGGGCAUUCCCUUGGAGAGCUUCCAUGCGCAUAUCUGGCUGGAUUGCAAACUGAAGCCGAAGUCUUACUUGCUGCCAAUGUCCGCGCCGAGUUGGUGAAGCUGAUUGAGAAGCAGGCCCGUCUUGAUGUGUAUUGUUCUCGCCCCAUAGAUGGUUGGGACUAUGAGAUAGUUCUCUCCUCCGGCGGUAAGCAAUAUGUCCGAAAGGUGCCUGCAGAUGGUCCCUACCACGAAGACAUAAUCGAUUCGUAUCCAAUGGCGGGGAAGAUGGUUGUUGUGGGAUGUGAGGCAGAGGCUAUCGAUGCAGGCAUCAGCGAGCUUGCUCUUGAACAGACGUGUGUGGCUUGUUACAACUCUCCCAAAGGGCAGACAAUUAGUGGCCCGGAAGCCGAAGUUGACAAGCUCGUCAAGUACCUCACGGGGAAGAACUCCAACUUGUUCGUACGUUCCAUCGACACAGACAAUAUUGCCUAUCAUGCACCCUACUUGAAGGUCUUCCGAGGCUAUCUGCGAAGUCGAUUCAGGAACAUCGACCCUCAGCCGUUGCCAGUCUCGUGGAAAACAACCAGUCGCAGUAACACUUUUGGUAAAGACUAUCUCAUUGACAACAUUUGUCGUCCAGUCUUCUUUUGCGAUGCCAUUGAAUCGCUGCCACCGAAUGCAACCGUUGUUGAGAUUGGACCAGCAAGUGGAUUACUCUCUCAGAUCAAGAGAACUCGGAAGGAUCUUGGGCUCAUUUCCUUGAUUCGAGCUGGGCAGCCAGUUGAUCUAGAAAAGGCAAUGGCUCCUUUGAAGCCGUGGAUGUCAAAGACGGAAACUCUCCCUGAGGAGAUUCCCACUGGGGAAAGUGCCCUUCAUUACAGUGAACGAUACCCGGAAAUUUGGGGUCGGCACACUCAGUUUCCCCUUCCCAAGUGGACUAGCUUCGAGAAGUUCCAGAAAGAGUUCAGCACAGUGAGCGAAGUUUCGUAUGACUUGAGUCAAUCACCUUGGUCUUCAAUUCGUGAUCAUACAUUACGCGGCCAGAACCUCUUCCCGGCCGCGGGCUUCCUGCAUGUGCUGUGGUCAGCGAACAGCUACGAGAAAUGCACCGAAAUCAAAGACUUCCGAAUUAUUGCACCUUCAGUCAUUCCAAAGGGCGACAAGGAGGUGAGGUUUCUCCUUCACUGCACCGGCCAGUAUUGUGAGGUUUGGGAUGCGGACAAUGAAACUUGUCACGCUAGCGGCCAUGUGCGUCCAGCUGAAACGCCCCGAACUCGUCUGAACUCUGAGCUUUCCCCAGAAAAGGUUACAGAGGCGCUUGACAAAUCGCUCGAUUCCAAAUAUUGGUAUUCGGGCAGUGACAACUUUGGGCCGAAGUAUCGUUUACUGGACAAGAUAACAGGCGGCUAUUCAACCCUGAAAACUGAUGUCACUGAUUUCAUUGCAUACGUUGAUGCCUUCUUUCAACAACUUAGCGCUACCGAACGGGACAUUCCAGCGGAUUAUUCUGCAGAUCACGUCGUCCCCUUCGACAUCGACCAAGCUGUGUCUUUUCCUCGAGGAGCAGACCGAGUUGUUUUCUGGAAAACAAAUCUCGAGAGCGCAGAUCGGUGGCUUCAGGUCCAAGGAUACAACUCUGUGGGCAACACAGCAGUGACAAUUGAAGGGUACCGCAAAGAGUUUGCCAGGGUCAUCCCGAGACCACCAGCUGUGUACUCCGAAACCUUUGUGGAAUACAGGGAAUCUGACUGUGCCCUUGAACCCGCCAUUGCGGCAGCGGUACUGCUUCGAGAGUCCCUAGAGUACUCUGUAGUUCACCCUAUUGUCUCCGCUGAACUCGACGCUGUCCUUCAAGCCAUGCGAAAGUAUCCAUUGUCGAAAGAAACCGACACAUGUACUACUCUUGUUUUCUCUGAUGAUUUCACCGAGGACGCGAGCCUCCUUGUCACUGCUGCAAGCAUUUUGGAGAAGGCAACGGUGCAAUGCACCCUUGUGGCUAAAUGGGGAGAGCUCCGCUUGUACCGCAUUGGUCUUGUGCCGCCCAUGAAGGUUGUCAAUGAGUGGAAGAGUGUUCCGGAGUCAGACCCUUUCAUUUGGAAGGGUGAUGGAUCGGCUGGGGCAGCUGCCAGUCUCUUCAUGGAAAGAAACCAACAAGUUCUGAGCUACCCAAGCUCUUCGAUGCCUACGAUGGUGGGUCUAGAGAAGGGUAUGCGUCAAAAUUUCCUCCUGGAAAGCGAGCAUCAGUGCCAGCAUGGGGUGUGGGUGGAUGUCCAGCACGACGAUGAGACGUCCGAAAUGAUGACAACGUCGUCUGCGCAGCUUCGAAUCGCAAAGCCUGGCGUUCUAAAUUCCUUGGAGUGGCACCCCAUUCAUCCGGAAAUGUAUCCCAUCAAGGUUGCCAUUGCCUCUCUUAACUUCCGUGAUAUCAUGAGAGCAAUGGGAAUGCUGAAGGAACAAAAUCUCUCCCUUGGUUUUGAGUUUAGUGGAUUUCAUAUUUUGAAGAAACAACGUGUGUUUGGUUUGAGCUUGGGUGCAAUUGCAAGCUACUGUUACCCCACGUACACCUAUCCCACUCCUGAAUACCUGAGCGACGAAGAGGCAGCCACGAUUCCCCUCGUCUACCUGACCGCUUACUACGCAAUGUUUGAAAAAGCGAACAUGACUGAGGGCCAGAGUGUCCUUAUUCAUGCUGGAACAGGAGGAGUCGGCAUGGCCGCCAUCAAUUUGGCACAGAAGCGUGGAUUGAAGAUAUUCACGACGUGCAGUGCCCCCAAGCGUGACUUCUUAAAGAAGACUUUCGGCCUGAAAGAUGAGCAGAUCGGAGACUCCAGGUGUGAUGCCUUCGUUAACACAGUCCUCGAUGGUACAGCUGGUCGUGGUGUCGACGUUGUAAUCAACCAUCUGGCAGGUCACCUUCAGAUUGCAAGCUUGCGCUGCUUGGCACCAGGAGGCCAAUUCUGUGAAAUUGGGAAGUAUGACAUUGCCAAUAACAGCCCACUCGGACAAGGUUUAUUGGCAAUGAAUGUUUCGUUCCAUGUCAUCGAUCUUUUACUCGUCCCAGAUUUCAAGUCGUUUGGUGACAAGUGGCUCAGCGAAGGCUUCGGUAAAGGGGAAAUCGCCCCCCUACCGACCACUCCAUUUGAUGCCAGCGAGAUUGUCGCCGCCUUUCGCUAUAUGAGCCAGGGACGGCACAUUGGAAAGAUCGUGAUCCAGAACCUCCACCAGUUCCAAGUCCGCCAUUUGCCGUUGACACUUUGGAAGGAAAGCCACCUCAUUACGGGCGGAUUGGGUGGUCUUGGAAUGGCACUGGCAUUUCGUCUUGCGUGCCAUGGGAGUAGGAAAUUUCUGUUGGUCGGUCGCAGGGGUGUCACCAAUUCAGUCCAACGAUUCACAAUUUCGCAGAUGGAGGCUUUGGGAUGCCAAGUACAUGUUCUACAAGCCAGUGUGGUAGACCUAACCCCCAACAUGUGCACGUUUCAGCCUGAUCGGAUUUGGCACGUGGCCACUGUAUACCGUGAUGUGACAUUCUCCAAGAUGACUGAUGAUCAUUGGGAUGAUGUUGUCCGAACCAAGGUUGAGGGCUACCACCACAUGCGCCAAUGUUGGCCCGUUACUCCUUUGGUCAACAUCAGUUCUGUCAGUGGCUACUUUGGAAAUGUGGGGCAAACCAAUUACGCAUUUGCCAAUUCAAGCUUGGAUGCUGCAGCUCGUCGCGAUCCGAAUACGCUGACGGUGCGCUUGGGCACUUUGGACAACGUCGGCUACGUCGUUGAGAAUGAGAGUAAUCGCCGUGUGCUGGAACUGUCACCGUUUGAACUCAUGCCCAUCUCUGAUGUCCUUAACCGAAUCGAGCAGGUAGUAUCCGAGUCUUCCAAUGGCGUUGUUUCCAUAUACAACCUGAAGCCCAGGAUGACCAAAUCAGGCGGGACUUCAGUCAGGAGUGGACCCUACACGUUGCUUGAUGCGCAAUCGAUGUUGGCGAAUGUACUGGGUGGUCAACCAGAGCAAUACUAUCCCACUCUUGCCCUGAAAGCGACCGGCUUGGAUUCGUUGUCGUUGAUGGAAGUAGUGCACCAUAUCUAUGAAGAGACGGGUGCACGAGACUUCAAACCCCAAGAAGUCGACGAGGACUUCACGGUACAAGACCUGGUGGACGUGGUUGUUUCCUUGCGCGUCAAGCACAACGUGUCUAACGAAGGACCCCAAGAUGCAGCCGCCACAGUAGUUCCUGAAUCUUUGCCCAGUGACCCAGCGGCAGGAAAGGUGUCAACCCAGGAGGCCAGCGAAACCUCAUUUACCAAAGCCAUAGAGAGUAGCGAUGCAAGCACGAGGACCGACGACGGCAUCUUUGUUCCCCAAAACAAGGAAGGAUCCCCUGAUCUUCCAAUGGCGGACACUACGUUUGAUGAAUCUGACGUCACAGAUCAAGACCUCACAAGUGGAUGGUCGACGGAGCGCAAGUUGUUUGCCGGCCUUUCUGUGCUUGCGAGUGCCUGGUACGUGAUCACGUUGGUGGCCUCUGGGGCGGGUAACGCCGAAAGCAUUGUGUUGUAUGCUUCCGUUGUCGCCAACGCCUGCUUGGUGGUUUAUCAUGCCAUCAAGAUUUUGGCACCAUAUGUCCGAGAUCCCAUUUCAUGUGCCCACUAUGCGACCUCUAUCCUCGAGUCGAUUGUCUACGCCAUCCUUUAUGCCGUGGGUUAUGAAGUCUUCGUGGACUACUGGAAAGCCCUUGUGCUGGGGAGAUACCUCAUGGAUAUGAUAUUUAUUCUCCCUUGUUGGGAAGAUCUGGUGGUGGACUAUCGUCGUUUUUACCUAAUCCAUCACAUCUUGGCGUUUUUCACCAUUGGGUCGUGGACGCUCUUUCCCAGUGAAGACCAGGUGUGGGACGAGAAUUGGACCUUGGGCGUUAUGCUGUGGCUGGCGUCUCCUAUUUGGUUGAGCAUUGUGAUGACAGUGCGUUAUUUGUUUGGGCCCUACAUGUCGGCACAGUUGAAGAUGACAGGGUUGCCUUUCGUGUCCGCAGCCGCCUUUGCGAUGGAGCGAAUCCAACGAUUGAUCGUCUACAUUUUCGUUGGCGUCACGACGGAGGUUGAUUACACUUCAUAUCUAAUGCAGGUUGUAUUCUUGACGGGCUUGUUGAUGGACUCCGUGGAUAUCUACUUUCAACAAAAAAUGAUACGCCAGCAAUUCACGGCCUUGAGGCGAGCCCGAGACUUCAGCAGGCACGUAGAGGCGAUGUUGCCGGUGGAUGAUUUGGAGAGUGGACGUGGACUAUAAGAACCAUGGCGGUGGUUUGAAAGCCGAGAGGACGAGUUUCCCCUCGAGCUCAGAAGACCCACUUUCAUGUUUGCACAUUUACAUAUUAUUUUCUUGUGAGCGAGUUGCCGUUGAGCCAGCCUGAGCGAGUGACCAUUGCAGGCUCUUGUAACAGCAGCUAAAAUCUAAGCUCUUCAUGCAUUGCGUGUGUGCCUUUUAGUCCGAUAACUCGUAGCCCUGCUCCACCAUGACAGGCUCCUCUUGUUUGCAGGGCUAGAAGCAGCGGCAGCAGGAGCGUCUUCCGUUCAACAGAUCAGCAGGGAGGUUUCAUCGUCGGCAUGAGCUAAUCAAGCAGAUCGAAAUGCCUAAAUGUAUCAAAUACGCCCAAGCCACAAUUCCUAUCGUCUUUUAGCCCUUGUCUCCUCGUGGUCAUGGUCGAGACGAUUGUGCCGUACGUCUUGUGUUGUUUGUUGUUGCCGUUGCUGGUGGUGUCAGUGUGGCAGUGCAGUCUCAGUCAUUCCGGAA